AUGUUUCCCACGUCUAUCCUCGCGGCUGUAGCCCUCUUUAUCUUGUAUUGCAUUGCCCAAAAGCGUCGACGAGGAAGACUUCCUCCAGGACCUCCGCGUAUCCCUAUAUUGGGGAACCUCCACCAGGCUCCCAAAGACGCCCCUUGGCGAACCUUCGACCAAUGGAUUCAGAAAUACGGACCACUCGUCAGCGCUGACUUUGGUGGUACAACCGUGAUUCUGGUUGGAGAUUUUGCUACUGCUCGAGACUUGCUGGGCAAGCGCGCCAACAUCUACAGCAGUCGCCCGCGCAUGGUCAUGGCCGGGGAGCUGACUUGCAAAGGACAGCAUAUCAUGCUGCGUCCGUUCGACGAGACAUUCCUCCUGCAUCAACGACUCGAAGCCAGUGUCUUGAGCCCACGUGCCUCGGCUUGUUACACACCUGUUCAGGAUAUGGAGAGCAAGGUGCUACUGAAGAAUCUUCUUAGUACUAAUGAAUUUCCAAAACAAUAUGAACGUUUUGCAGCUAGCAUUGUAUACGUCCUCGUCUACGGCUUUCGGAUCGAGACAGGCGACGAAUGGCAGUUGCUGACGGCGCACGAGGUGUUGAAGAACUUUACAUAUGCUGGUCAAGUUGGUGCUUGGAUUGUCGACGCACUUCCAGUCCUGAACUACCUGCCUGGGUUCCUUGCUACGUGGAAGAAGCAGGCGGAACAAUGGUACCAAAUCGAAGCUAACCUUCACAUGGUAAACAUGAAGGAGGCUCUAGAACGCAGCAGUUGGAAUUGGAGCAAGGACUUCAAGAACGCCAAACAAGCCGAAGGAUUGACGGACGUCGAUAUUUCGUGGGAUCUAGGUAUCCUCUGCGACGCAGGAGUUGAGACGACAAACGUAACCUUGCAGAUCUUCACGUUAGCUUGCCUCGCGUAUCCCGAGUUCAUUCCAAAAGCCCAACAAGAAUUGGAUAGUAUCGUGGGAUAUAAUAGGCUGCCAACUUUUGAAGACUUGGAGCACUUGCCGUAUAUCCAAGCUGUAGUAGAAGAAAAUUUCCGAUGGCGACAUAUCGCUCCUGCCGGGAUUCCGCAUGCAACAACCCGAGAAGAUUAUUACAAGGGGUAUUGGAUCCCUAAAGGGAGCACAAUCAUGCCUGUCUUCUACUCCAUGUGCAAAGAUGAGAAGCUCUUUGAUUCUCCAUUCGAGUUUCGCCCUGAGCGGUGGACAGACAAGACCCAGUUGAGCAACUUUGGAUAUGGGAGGAGAGUGUGCCCAGGGAGAUUUAUUGCGAGAAAUUCUGUCAGUAUAGCGAUUGCACGGCUGCUAUGGGCAUUCAACAUUCGACAGGCUAAAAAGGGAGGUGAAAAAGUGGUCGUUCACGAGGACAUAUUCACGACGGGAUUCGUGUCAGCGCCAAAACCGGUCGAAGUGGUGUUCGAGCCUAGAAGCGAGCAGCACAAGAAUGUAAUUGAAAAGGAGUUCGGAUCAGUGGAUAAGAAUGUCGCGAAUAUGCUUGAUGAUAUCCGUAAGAGGCAGAUUGCUGUUGGGUUACAUCCUCGAGCGUAA